GAAAUGACUAAUGAUAAAAUAUACUGUCAUCAUAAUAUUGUACAAACUCCCUAAACAUAAGCUAUUUAAAAGUUUAUUUUACAUAUAUAUAUAAUACCCCAAUCUAAAUAAUUUUUACCUACGUGAAAAAUGUCCACUCUUACACUCAGCUGUAUCGUUCAAAAACCAGCUCUUGAAAACCAAGGCCAUUUCAAGAUUAAUAUCGAUGCGAAUAAAACCGGCUAUGACUUAAAAAAAUUAAUCUGCGAGAAUAUAAAUAUCCUUGAUGUUGACAUACGUGUAUGGAUAGUGAAAAUCUCUUUUAGUGGAAAAGAAAAUUUGCAAAACAUAGAAAUAAAAGAUGAAAAUAGUGUUGGUGAUAUUUUUAAGCAGGUUGAAAACAAUAGUUAUAUUCUACUAGUCCAAGUGAUGCACCAAGAAGAAUAUGCAGAACAAUUAGGCGAACGUGAAAUUCAACCAAUACAAGAUCUCAAACAGCUUUCAAAGCUGAUGAUUGCUAGAGAGGCCUUUCUGAAUAAACUUAAGGAAGAAGGGAAAGAUCCGAUGGCUUUCAUAGGUCCAGGGCUAGUCGAUGAUAAACCUGCAAUUAUUGUUGUUUUUCCUGAUGAAACGGUACAAAUCCGUCUACCAGCCACGUUUGAGGGGUAUCCAGUGUUUAUUAGAUAUGGAGUUGUUGAACCAGCUUCUAAUCCUCGAGCUUACAAUAAAAAACUCAAGCCCGGUAUUAGCAUCGGAUGUUCGGAAGUCAAAAAUGCAUUCACAUUGGGAGCAUUCUUUCAGACAGACACGAAGAAAUUUAUACUUACUGCGGGACAUGCAGUUGGAGAGGAUCCCGAUACAAGUUCCUGCGCCAAAGUCUCAUACAAAUUUCAUGGUAUUGGCGAAAAUAGCAAUCUUCUUGAUUACUCCUUCUGUGAAAUUGAACAUCAUGACAGGGUGCCAGUGGUUGAUCCAAAUAAACCAUUUGGCUCUGAAACCGUUAUUCGUGAUUACAAGGACUUUGUUAGCGAUGACUCAGAGUCUAUGACAUAUGUUUAUAAAUUUGGCAGAACAAGUUUCCUCACAAAAGGGGUAGCAAUUGAUAAAAUGCUGACCUUUUGUACCAAGAAAUUUGGAAGAGUAUCGAAAGUAUCUGCUUUACUUAUUUCUAGUAUUGAUGGACAGCCAUUUGGCGAACAUGGUGAUUCAGGUUCGGCGGUGUAUGAUGAUGACGGUCAGCUAUGGGGCAUUUACUAUGGAUUUGACCAACCGUUCCACUUUAUUAUCCCCAUACAUCUGAUAUUAGAUGAUGUUCAAACCAGAUUUAAAGUUAAUUUUACACUUAUUUAG